AUGAUGAGCUUCAAGGGCCACGAGGGGUUUGGUCAGGUGGCCGCCGCCGCCACCACCGGUGCCGGGAGCCAGGCGGUCUCCCAUGGCGCUGCGCCUGCCGGAGCAGCCCCACUUCUGUUCGGUCUCCCAUGGUGGGCGGGGCCCCAGCUGCUGUUCGGCGAGCCGGCGCCCCUGUCGCCGGAGGAGACGCGCCGGGACGCCCAGUUCCAGGUCGUGCCGGGGGCUCAGGGCACGCCGGAUCCAGCUCCAGCGCCGCCAAAGAGAGGGACACCUGAGGUCCUCAAAUUCUCUGUCUUCCAAGGGAAUUUGGAGUCGGGUGGUAAAGGAGAGAAAAACCCAAAGAAUUCUACCACGAUUGCUCUGCAGUCACCAUUCCCAGAAUACAAUGGCCGUUUCGAGAUCGGUCUUGGUCAAUCUAUGCUGGCCCCUUCCAAUUAUUCUUGUGCUGACCAGUGCUAUGGCAUGCUUAUGACUUAUGGAAUGAGAUCGAUGUCUGGUGGGAGAAUGCUGUUGCCACUAAAUGCGCCAGCUGAUGCACCCAUCUACGUGAACCCGAAGCAGUACGAAGGCAUCCUCCGUCGUCGCCAUGCUCGUGCUAAGGCAGAGAGCGAGAACAGGCUCGCCAAAGGCAGAAAACCCUAUCUCCAUGAGUCGCGCCACCUCCAUGCGAUGCGUCGGGUAAGAGGCUCCGGCGGGCGUUUCCUCAACACGAAGAAAGAAGGAGGGCAUGGCACGGCCGUUGCUGCGAACGGGGGCAGCAAGAUGGCAGCAGCGGCACCAUCACGCCUCGCCAUGCCCCCUAGCUCCGAGCCUCCACGGCCACCAGGGCUCAGCAACAUUAGCAACCCGCGCUGCCACUCCCAGAGUAGCGUCUCCAGUUUGUCUGGCUCCGAUGUGUCAAACAUCUACGGCGGCUUGGAGCAGCCCCCUCGGGCGCCGCCCUUCUUCACCGCCCUGCCACCCAUCAUGGACGGCGACCACGGCAGCGCCACCCACAUCUCUUCCUUCAAGUGGGCAGCCAGCGACUGCUGCUGCGAGCUCCUCAAGGCGUGA